CCCGGAGCGCGGAGCCGCGGGAGCGGAGCCGGGCUUAGCGGCGCGGCUGGAAGAUGGCGAGCGGCUGGGGCGCGCGGCCCCUGCGGCGGCCUGGGCGCCUCGGGUUCCUGUGGGGGCUCCUGCUGCUGCUGCUGCUGUGGAGCCCGGCCCGCGCCGCGCACAUCAAGAAGGCGGAGGCGACGACGACGACGACGAGCGCGGGCGCCGAAGCGGCCGAGGGCCAGUUCGACCGCUACUACCACGAAGAGGAGCUGGGCUCGGCGCUGCGGGAGGCGGCGGCCGCGGGGCCCCCGGGCCUCGCCCGCCUCUUCAGCAUCGGCAGCUCGGUGGAGGGCCGGCCGCUGUGGGUGCUGCGGCUCACGGCGGGCCUGGGGCCGCCGCCCCCUGACGGCGAGGCCCGGCCCGACGCGGCGGGGCCGCUCCUGCCCGGCCGGCCGCAGGUGAAGCUGGUGGGCAACAUGCACGGCGACGAGACCGUGUCGCGCCAGGUGCUCGUCUACCUGGCCCGCGAGCUGGCGGCGGGCUACCGCCGCGGGGACCCGCGCCUCGUCCGCCUGCUCAACUCCACCGAUGUGUAUCUGCUGCCCAGCCUCAACCCCGACGGGUUCGAGCGCGCCCGCGAGGGCGACUGCGGCCUCGGCGACAGUGCCCCGCCUGGGGCCAGCGGCCGCGACAACAGCCGCGGCCGCGACCUCAACCGCAGCUUCCCGGACCAGUUCAGCACCGGCGAGCCCCCGGCCCUGGACGACGUGCCCGAGGUGCGCGCCCUCAUCGACUGGAUCCGCAGGAACAAGUUUAUUCUUUCUGGAAAUCUGCAUGGUGGCUCAGUGGUAGCAAGCUAUCCUUUUGAUGAUUCUCCAGGACAUAAGGCUACUGGAAUCUAUAGUAAAACCUCAGAUGAUGAAGUUUUUAAAUACUUGGCAAGAGCCUAUGCUUCAAACCACCCCAUAAUGAAAACUGGUGCGCCCCAUUGCCCAGGAGAUGAAGACGAGACUUUCAAAGAUGGGAUCACAAAUGGUGCACAUUGGUAUGAUGUGGAAGGCGGUAUGCAAGAUUACAAUUAUGUGUGGGCCAACUGUUUUGAAAUCACACUAGAACUAUCGUGUUGCAAGUACCCACCUGCUUCACAGCUUAAACAAGAAUGGGAGAAUAAUCGUGAGUCUCUGAUCACAUUGAUUGAAAAGGUUCACAUUGGAGUUGAAGGAUUUGUUAAAGAUUCAGUAACAGGAUCUGGCUUAGAGAAUGCAACCAUCUCAGUGGCUGGUAUUAAUCAUAAUAUCACAACAGGCAGAUUUGGUGAUUUUCACAGAUUACUUAUUCCUGGAACUUAUAACAUUACAGCAGUUUUAACUGGGUAUAUACCGCUAACUGUUAAUAAUAUAAUAGUGAAAGAAGGGCCAGCCACAAAGCUCAACUUUUCCCUUCGGCCAACUGUCACUCCGGUAAUCCUUGACACAACUGAGGUUGUAGCAACUGCUAGCACAGUUGCUAUACUUAAUAGUCCAUCUGAAACAAAAUCCUCCCCCCAGCCAAUUCAACCAAAGGACUUUCAUCACCACCAUUUCCCUGAUAUGGAAAUCUUCUUGAGAAGAUUUGCUAAUGAAUAUCCUAACAUCACCCGGCUUUAUUCAUUGGGAAAAUCAGUAGAGUCAAGAGAACUUUAUGUAAUGGAGAUAUCUGAUAAUCCAGGUGUCCAUGAACCAGGUGAACCAGAAUUUAAGUACAUUGGAAAUAUGCAUGGAAAUGAAGUGGUUGGACGAGAAGUGCUAUUGAACCUUAUUGAAUACCUUUGUAAGAACUUUGGAACAGACCCUGAAGUAACAGAUUUGGUUCGUAACACUAGAAUUCACCUCAUGCCAUCCAUGAAUCCUGAUGGAUAUGAAAAGGCCCAGGAAGGAGAUUCAUUAAGUGUAAUUGGCAGAAACAACAGCAACAACUUUGACCUGAACCGAAAUUUCCCAGACCAGUUUGUUCAGAUCACAGAUCCUACCCAACCAGAAACUAUUGCUGUAAUGAGCUGGAUGAAAUCCUUUCCAUUCGUACUGUCAGCAAACCUGCAUGGAGGUUCUUUGGUGGUUAACUACCCUUUUGAUGAUGAUGAACAAGGGCUUGCCACAUACAGUAAAUCACCAGAUGAUGCUGUGUUUCAACAAAUAGCACUUUCUUAUUCCAAGGAAAAUUCCCAGAUGUUUCAAGGCAGACCUUGUAAGAAUAUGUACCCUAAUGAAUAUUUUCCUCAUGGAAUAACAAAUGGAGCUAGCUGGUAUAAUGUCCCAGGUGGUAUGCAGGACUGGAACUAUUUACAAACAAAUUGCUUUGAAGUAACUAUUGAAUUAGGUUGUAUGAAAUACCCAUUUGAAAAUGAGCUGCCAAAAUUUUGGGAACAGAAUCGAAGAUCACUCAUCCAGUUUAUGAAGCAGGUUCAUCAAGGUGUCAAAGGAUUUGUACUAGAUGCUACAGAUGGCAGGGGUAUAUUAAAUGCCACUAUUAGUGUUGCUGAAAUUAAUCACCCAGUGACUACUUACAAAAUGGGAGAUUACUGGCGUCUCUUGGUUCCUGGAAUUUAUAAAAUCACAGCCUCUGCUCGAGGAUAUAAUCCAGUUACCAAGAAUGUGACCGUAAAGAGUGAAGGUGCUAUUCAGGUCAACUUCACACUUGUGAGAUCUUCAACAGAUUCAAACAGUGACUCAAAGAAAGGAAAGGGGGAGAGCACCCACACAGAGGACACCAGUGACCCAGUUAGUAAAGAGUUCGAAAUGUUAAUUAAAGACCUUUCAGCUGAGAAUGGUUUGGAAGGCCUCAUGUUACAUUCCUCCUCAAAUCUGGCUCUUUAUCGAUACCAUUCAUACAAAGACUUAUCAGAGUUUCUGAGAGGACUUGUGAUGAACUAUCCACAUAUUACAAAUCUUACCAAUUUGGGACAGAGUGUUGAAUAUCGUCACAUUUGGUCCCUUGAAAUCUCCAAUAAACCCAACAUGUCUGAGCCUGAAGAACCAAAGAUUCGUUUUGUCGCUGGUAUCCAUGGAAAUGCUCCAGUUGGAACUGAACUGCUUUUGGCUCUGGCAGAAUUUCUCUGUCUGAACUACAAAAAGAUCCCAGCUGUUACACAAUUGGUUGACAGGACUAGAAUUGUGAUUGUCCCUUCUCUAAAUCCAGAUGGGCGGGAGAGAGCACAAGAGAAAGACUGUAGUUCAAAGACAGGACAGACAAAUGCUCAUGGCAAAGACCUGGAUACAGACUUUACAAAUAAUGCCUCCCAGCCUGAGACUAAAGCCAUCAUUGAGAAUUUGAUUCAAAAGCAGGACUUCAGUCUCUCUGUAGCUUUAGAUGGUGGUUCAGUGCUUGUCACAUACCCAUAUGAUAAACCAGUACAAACAGUGGAAAACAAAGAAACAUUGAAGCAUCUAGCAUCUCUUUAUGCAAAUAAUCACCCAUCAAUGCAUAUGGGUCAGCCCAGUUGCCCAAAUAAAUCAGAUGAGAAUAUUCCAGGAGGAGUAAUGCGUGGCGCAGAAUGGCACAGUCACCUGGGCAGCAUGAAGGAUUAUAGCGUUACCUAUGGCCACUGUCCAGAAAUCACAGUGUACACAAGCUGCUGCUACUUUCCUAGUGCGGCACAACUCCCUUCCUUGUGGGCAGAGAAUAAAAAAUCUCUUCUUAGCAUGUUGGUGGAGGUUCACAAGGGAGUUCAUGGAUUUGUCAAAGAUAAGACUGGAAAACCAAUCUCUAAAGCAGUCAUUGUACUCAAUGAAGGCAUAAAAGUACACACAAAAGAAGGAGGUUAUUUCCAUGUGCUCUUAGCCCCAGGUGUCCAUAACAUCAAUGCCAUUGCUGAUGGAUAUCAGCAGCAACAUUCACAGGUCUUUGUGCAUCAUGAUGCUGCUAGUUCUGUGGUAAUAGUUUUCGACACAGAUAAUCGAAUAUUUGGUUUACCAAGAGAACUUGUGGUAACUGUAUCAGGUGCUACCAUGUCAGCAUUAAUCCUAACAGCUUGCAUAAUUUGGUGCAUCUGCUCAAUCAAGUCUAACAGACACAAGGAUGGCUUUCAUCGACUCAGGCAGCAUCAUGAUGAGUAUGAAGAUGAAAUCCGCAUGAUGUCAACUGGCUCCAAGAAGUCCCUCUUAAGCCAUGAGUUCCAGGAUGAAACGGAUACUGAAGAAGAAACGUUAUAUUCUAGCAAACAUUGAAACAAACCUUGCAUCUCUCCCAGCAUAAGUACCAAGCAAAAUUACAGUUCCUUUUGGGAGACACUGCAUUAAGAAGAGACUAUUUUGCUUCUUCAAAGAGCUUUGGGAAGUUAACUUGCUAAAUUUGUAUUCUUUGUGAAUUUGGUGGCAGUUUUGAACUUCCCCUCCUUAAAGUACUCUUACCUUUUAAAAAAAAAAAUCUGCUUUCUAUUUAUGCAGCAGAGAUGGGACAGCCACUUUAUAUUUCUUUUUAAUUUAAGAUGAGCUGUUUGAAGCUUAUGUUAGUAACUACAUAAAGCCAACUAGUGGAUGUUGUAUUUUGCACAUCAGCUGUUUACUAGUGGCUUUAGCUUUUUUUCUUUGUUUUAAAUGGCCAAAAGAAUCCAGAAACAUUAAGGCAGGGACAGCAGUCAGAAUCUGACAUAAAGCUUUAAAAAACUCAAGGUUUCCUCAACCUACUGAGGAAUACUUUUCGCUAGAUAUUAAAAGCUGGAAUUUCUCUUGUAAUUCCAGUUUAAUGGAGACUGGAUUGCUUUCUAAACAUAUAACAUUAGGAAAUGAAUAAAUGGGCUUCCACAUUUGGCUUUCUACCUGUUCCAAGGCUAGAUCAGAACUAAUGGGCUGUGCUCUAAGCAGGAUUUCACUACCUCUCUUACAAGGUUUAGAAAAGUUCUAAAUAUCCCCAUUUUAAGGGAGAAUUUAUUGACUUUGUUGUAAAAGAUCUACAUGUCCAUUCAAAUGGAGCUGAGAGGGAGAUCUCGCAAAAGCUAAGAUUCAUGUUGCCUAUCUUUUAACUUGGUGAAAACCCACAGGUGCUGCUGCUUUUAUCUGUGAAGCACUAGUUUAUUCUGGGAAUGCCUAAUUCUUUAUUAUUUCCUACAUUUGAACCCUUUUACAUGUUGUACACUUAUGGUUUUCAGAUGACUCAGCAAUCUACAAGAUCUGAAUUCUACUGAAAUAUCUGGAAGUGUGGAAGAGACAUAAUUGUAUAUUCUUAACCUGUAUUUGAACACACAAUAUCUACACUUCAUGCUCCAGCCCAAGCCGACACCCUGCAAUAGCAUACUGUUAAUGAAAUAGUUUGGCCAGUGUUGCAGGCCUCUGCAAGUGAUUGGGGUCUUUGUCCUAAUAUUUCAUUUGACAGUCUCUUUUUGAUAAUUUUGUUAAAAGUGCAGUUGAAAGUAUUUAAAUAUGGCUCCCUCCACUAAGAAUAGUGCUCUAGACUGUCGCUGGAUAUAACAAUGGCGAGAAAGUUGUCAUCUUCACUGCCAGUCAGGUUACUACAAAGACCUGAAAGAUUUGCAUUUUAUUAUGUCUGUCGUAUAAAGCUACUCAAUGGAAAUGAUGCUUUUUUUUAAGUAUAAGUGUUACCAAUGAUCUAAUGGUUUAAUACCUUUGAAUGUUUUAAUGGCCAAGUUGCUGCUGAACUUAGACUAAAUCAGGGGAUCAAAAAACUUGCUCUCAUGUUUUGUAUCCGUUAAUGUAUCAGUCAUCCCAAAGCCUUCAUGGGAAGUGGUUUACCACCCAUGUAGGUCAUUUAACCAAAUUUUGUGAGGAAUGCACCCAAAAUGGCUUUAACAAAAGAGAUUUGGCUUAGCA